UGAAAGAUCCAAUGAAAUGAUCGUUUCAGUACAGUUGAUGAUACGAUUUUUAAUUCUGUGGAAUAUGAGCGAUACGUUCAUUACUUUACAUAAAAUAAAAUUUAAAACAGACAUCAACUAAUUGUUAUUUGUUGGAACAGAUUCUUUUCGUUAUUCGUUGUUGUAUAUAAUAAAAAUUUGAAAUAAUGAGACUGUCACUUUGAGACUGGGUACAGCAAGUGUAGUAUGGUGAACUUUUAAUUCGAAUAAUACUUAUUGCACUUGGCCUAAUUUGACAUUUUGUAACACGAAUUAUGGCCAGUCCGCGAACUCGGAGAAUUCUAAGUGAACUUAAACCAAAAGAUGAGAAUAAUAGAUGUUUCGAAUGUGGUACACAUAAUCCUCAAUGGGUUUCUGUUACAUAUGGUAUUUGGAUAUGUCUUGAAUGUUCUGGCAAGCAUAGGGGUCUAGGUGUUCACUUGUCGUUUGUUCGAUCCAUUUCUAUGGACAAAUGGAAAGAUUUAGAAUUGGAAAAAAUGAAAGUUGGUGGAAAUAAAAAUGCUCGUGAAUUUUUUGAAUCGCAGCCAGAUUGGGAUGAUAGUAUGUCUAUAUCUCAAAAGUAUAAUACUAAAGCAGCAGCAUUAUACAGGGAUAGGAUUGCAGCAUUAGCUCGUGGGGAAAAUUGGAGUCCUACUACUUCCACAGCUAAGAAUUUCCAACCUUCAUCAGACCCAGGAAAUCAACAAGACUAUACAUCAUAUCAAAGUGAUAUGUCGAGUUCUUAUCAAAAUUUUAAUUCAAGCAGCUGUAAGUCCCAAACAGAAGCCUUCUUUGCUAGAAAACAGAACGAAAAUGCCAAUCGUCCUGAUAAUGUUCCACCUAGUCUGGGUGGUAAGUAUGGAGGAUUUGGUUAUCAAAUGGAUGCACCACCUAGAAGUUCAUCACAAGAAUUUUUUGAUACUGCAGUCUCUUCACUAGCAAGUGGAUGGUCAAUAUUUUCUUCAUCUGCAUCAAAAAUUGCAAACAAGGCUACAGAAAAUGCUAUUAGAAUUGGAGAAUUAGCAACACAGAAGGUUCGUGACGGUACUUUAUUGGAAGAUGUUGGAGCUCAGGUUAAUAAUUUAGCUGCAAAGGUUGGAGAUCUGGGAAGAAAAGGAUGGGGUGAUAUUGGAGGAACGAAUUCGAUCGAUCAAAAUCAGUAUAGUUCGAAACAAAAUUAUCAAAGUUCUUCUACUACUUAUCAAAACAGUGAAGUCCAAUCUCAUUCCACUGAGAAAACAUCUUUGAUGAAGACAUCGCAGUCAAAAACUAAUGUAUCACCCACAAAUUCUUCGAACUGCGAGUGGGAUUGGGAUAAUGAUACAAAACAAACGAAAAUGAAUGAAAAGAUAACUGACAUUAAAGCGACUACGAGAAAAUCAAGAGAUAAGGUCAAAGAGGAAGCUUUGAUCAACUUUCAUACUGACAAUCAUGCGGCUAAUUUGGAUUCAAAAGUAGAAGAUGAUGCAUGGCAGUGGUAACAUGCGCACGUGUUUCGUACACCUGAGAAAACGUAAAAAAAAGUAUUGUGAAGCAUUUCAAACGAAUGUGCUCAAAAACUUUAAAUGCUCUAUAGUCAAUGUGCACUAAAGUGUAAAGGUUCAUUAACACUAUUUACUUA